AUGGAACGCUGCGUAUUUUGUGGGUGGACGCGGAAGAACGCGUACGCUUCCGUGCGAUUUUUCGGGGUACCGAAGGAGCCGGGGCUGAAACGAGUGCAGUGGCUGUACGCCAUCGGGAAUCGAGAAGCGAGCGGAAAGCACGACCGUGUGUGUUCGGUGCAUUUCCGUAGUGGGAAACCGAGCAGCGACCCCAGUCACGAGGACUUUGCACCACAUCUCUAUCUCAACAAGGAGGCACCGCCCGAGUUCAUCCACUACCUGGAGAAGUUGGCCGAGGUCAGCGACCCGGCGCUGCAGAAGAAGCCCGUCCAGUAUAAGGCGUCGGUCUCGGUGAACGACCCGAAGAAGCUCGAGUACAACAAGGUCACCCGCCCAAGCAUCUUGCAGAAGCGCAAAAUACAGCACGAAGAGCCCUCCUCCGCAGCGCCGCAGAUUGACGUCGACGAAAAUGGAGGAGAGGAAGAAGAUCAGCAACCGGAAGCGGCCCUCCCCUACCACAUAGCCCCCGUGAAUAUUGAUGGCGAGGCGAGGCCGAUGCGGCUGUAUCCCAUGCAAAAGGACUGGCUGAAGCAGACGGGCGCCGUGCCGGGGAUGAAGAUCAUCUACCGCCUGUCCCACCCCGAGAAAAAGGCCCCCCGUAAACAGGAAUUCCCCGGAACGCGCAAAAGGGAAAUGGUCCGCAUCCGGAUGGAGGACGAGCAUGGGAACAUCAUCGAGGAGCGGUACGUCAGUGAGAGUGACGCGCGCCGAAUGCACGAGCAGAUGGAGAUGCAUCAGCUCGACGACGCCGAGCAGUCGAUCGACGUGGCCGAGGAGGUCGUCGAGACCGAGAAU